AUGGAGGUGAUUGACCCAACCAUAAUUGCCAGAAAAUGGGGCACAUUGAUUGCAAUCUUCAAUAUAUAUGGAAUUCUGCUAGCAGCAGUAUUUUACAUUAAGGCUCAUCUAUACCCGACACACGAAGGAGAUCGGCGAUUCAGCAGUUCGCCUUUCUAUGACUUUUAUAUGGGAGUCGAGUUGAAUCCACGUAUAUUUAACCAGCAUUGGGAUGUGAAGCUUUUUCACAACGGAAGACCGGGAAUUAUUGGUUGGGCGCUCAUCGAUCUCUCAUUUAUGGCUUUGCAGUAUAGAAACUAUGGAUUUGUGACCAACUCUAUGAUCAUCACUUUGGUCCUACAUAUGCUGUAUAUCGGCGACUUUUUUCAUCACGAAGAAUGGUAUCUCCGGACUAUCGAUAUCGCUCAUGACCACUUCGGUUUCUAUCUCGCCUGGGGAUCCGCUGCGUUCCUGCCAACCAUGUACACGCUCCAAGCCCAGUACCUGGCACGAUCUCCGCUGGAAUUAGAGCCUAUCUCAGCUGCCCUGAUUCUUGGGCUAGGUAUUGGAGGCUACGCAAUAUUCCGUUCAUCCAACAACCAGAAGGACAACCGGACGGGCAGACACAUCAAACAAUUCUUCUAUGCUCAGGAUGGUGGGGAUUUUCGCGACACCCCAAUUAUCUAG